AUGCGUCAACUAACUGAGGAGGAAACUAGAGUGGUGUUCGAAAAGCUCGCCGGUUACAUUGGAAGAAACAUUAAGCUACUGGUCGACAACAAAACUCAGCCUUUUGUCUUUAGGCUUCAAAAGGAUAGAGUUUACUAUGUUCCUGAGCACAUUGCAAAGCUAGCGACUUCGGUUGCCAGACCAAAUUUGAUGUCCGUGGGACUUUGUCUCGGGAAAUUCACCAAGACUGGCAAGUUCAGAAUUCACAUUACAGCGCUAACCGUCCUUGCAGAACACGCCAAAUACAAGAUCUGGAUCAAGCCCAAUGGAGAGAUGCCUUUUCUUUACGGCAACCAUGUCUUGAAGGCUCAUGUAGGUAAAAUGUCUGAAGAUAUUCCUGAGCACGCAGGUGUAAUUGUAUUUUCGAUGCAUGACGUGCCGCUGGGAUUUGGAGUAAGCGCUAAAAGUACAUCAGAAUCAAGAAACUUGCAACCUACCGGCAUUGUGGCUUUCAGACAAGCAGAUAUUGGAGAAUAUUUGAGAGACGAAGAUACUCUAUUUACUUGA